CGCGCGCGUGGCGAGUUUUGCUCUCGAGGACACGACGACGACGUGAUAUCUACCGCGGGUGUACGCUGGGAAUUCGACGUUCCGUGCGAAUGCUGUUUUUUUUUGUCUGUGAAGGGUGCUCUGUAAUUUGCUGAAGCGAUGCAUCCUCUGCUGCUUGCGAAAUUAAUGGGGUGGGAAAAUUAGAGGAGGAAACGCAGAUGGGAGAGUCACAGAUUCCUUGCGGUCUGCUCGUUGUGUGAAAAUUUCCGCGGAGGAAAUAUCGUGUUGUUUCCGUGAGUUAAAGGUGCAGGUUUGAUGGUUGUUUUCGUUUGGGAGUGAAAAUUUCGGGGUGGAGAUGUUUUCCAUCUUAAAAGAGUGUGCUUUUUUCGCUCGCUGCAGCGAGACUGGGCGGAAGAUGAAAGGAAAAUGAUUUGACAGCUGGCGACCAGCAGCAGAUGCUUUCGGAGCACUCGGGGAAGGAAGAGAUUAGCGGAUUUGCUCGGUGAAAGGAACUGAGUAAAUCGAGUGAGAAUAAAUUGCUAUAUUUGAAGUUGGGAGGCAGAACGGGGAUUUCAAGUGCCGAAGGUGGUGCGGUAGGUGGAAAUCAAACGAUUGCCCAAAGUCGAGGAGAAAUUCAGUUUGUUUGUGGUGAAGCCGUUUGGGAUUUGGAAACAAAAUUAACCACCAGUGGAUUCCGAGAAGUGCUUGAAACCGGGCAGCUCUGAAAAUUUCAAAACUUCAAUUCGAUUUGGAUCUGGAUUCAAUCCCAUCACGAAAGUGGGAAGGCUAAAUUUUCCAAGAAAAAAAAGAAAAAAACAGGAGAAGGAACCCAACGAAACGUACGGAUAACAGGAGAAGUCUCGACUCAGUGGAAAUCAUUGAGGAAAAAUAAGUGUUCAAAUCUGAUUCGUGGUUCUAAACAAUUUUCGCUCCCUCCCGUAAGUCGAGAUUUUAACAAUCAGGUGCUCGCUGGCUUCCGUGGUGCUCUUUUUACGGUUAAGCUACUUUCUCGCCCGUCAGUGCCAGUGCCAGUGUGGUGUGUAGAAAAGGUACGUGAAUCCCAUCGAAUUACACAUUCAGUCCCCAAAAAGGGUAAACCAGAAGAAAAGGCAGCAGAAACCAACGGAAGAAACCAGUGUGGGUGUGUGGGUUGUGUUGUGUUCCUGAUGUGGGUGCUGGGAAAAGGGAAAAAUUUCAAGUGCAAAGAAAGCCGAUGAAGAAAGGAAACUGCCGAUUCGCGUGAGAGUGCUCUGAAGAAAUCGGGAGGAUUUACCCAUACGUGCUAUCCUGUUCACGAGAGAUUUGUGUUUUCUGUUUACGGAAGUAACGGAUGUAGGAAAAACGGUCUACAUUUUGGCAUUUUCCAGUGUGAACAAGAACGCGUGCUUGCCAGAUCAAACGUCAGGACUUCCUGAAUACAUAUGACAACGUUUGAGUAAGGACAGGACGUUGAGCUGAGAGCAAAGCGCCUGCAAUACGGCGGACGGCUGAGGGCGUCCUACCCCUUUCACAUUCAUCGCAGCAUCCCCCCGCAGCUCCGUCCCGGUUGCAUCAAAGCGAACUACGACGAGGAGGACGAUCAAGUCGAUACAGCAGCAACUAGCUUGGAACUCUGUGGAUAACAGUCAGCAGGGUAGAAGCAUCGACACGACGACGACGACGACGGCAGGAGAUUGCAAAAUUUAUGGCCUUGGCUAACGACAGCUGACAGCGGAGGCAAUAAUUUGUAAAACGUCCAUUCCGAGUCACUGAGGCGAAACACACGGAAAACCAUAGCCGUUGCAGCAGUUCUGAAGGUAGCCGUGGCCGACCACCAGCUCGGACAGCAGCCCAGCCGGAGAAAGGAGAAACUUUUUAAUGGAAACGCCAAGUGCAACUUUAUCGUUCAACUAUGUUUAAUCGCCAAAAUGAUACAGUUCUGCUUAACAGUGCUGCUCCUGCUCGUCUCACCAGUGCUCAGUGCUGACUGGACGGCGAGUUGCCCGUCCAGCUGCACCUGCAAGUGGUCCAGUGGCAAGAAGUCGGCCAUCUGCAACAAUAUCUCCAUUUCUUCGAUUCCUUCGAAUCUGUCGGCGGAGCUGCAGGUGCUGGAACUGAACGAUAACAACAUUGCGUACCUCAACCGGGAAGAGUUCACCAGUCUGGGGUUGGUGAACCUACAGAAAAUCUACCUGAAGCACUCCCGGGUGAAGUACGUCAACCGGGAGGCAUUCAUCAAUCUUAAAAUUCUGAUCGCCGUGGAUCUGAGCGAGAAUGAAAUCGAAUCGCUCGACAGGCAAACGUUCGCCGGGAAUAAUCGGUUGAGGGAAAUCAUUUUGCACAACAAUCCGCUGAAGCAACUUUUGGCGGAACAGUUCCCAGUGCUGCCGUUCCUACGGGAAAUCGAUCUGCACAGCUGUCAGCUGAGCAGUAUAGCCGAGACGGCAUUCUCGAAUUUGGAACAUUUGGAGCUCUUGGAUUUGACGCAGAAUCGGCUGGAGUAUCUACCGCACUACGUGUUUAACCACAUGAAGAAGCUUAAGACGUUGGUUCUGGAGGAGAAUCCCUGGAACUGCGACUGCCACCUCAGAGAGUUCAGGGGAUGGUAUUUGAAUAAUUCUUUGAACCGGAGGAGCUUACAGUGCCAUAGACCGUUCAGUUUGAAGGGACUAACGUGGGAAUCGGUGGAGACGGAUCAAUUCGGAUGUGUGCCGCACGUGGAGAUUUUCCGGGACCAUGCGGAAGACAUUCAGGAGCUGGGAGUAAACGUCACCUACCAAUGUAUGGCAUAUGGGGACCCGGAGCCGACGGCGACUUGGGACCUCAAUGGGAAGAUUGUGGAUCAUGAACUGGUGGAGACUGAGCGGGUUACGAAGAUCGGGGAGCAGACGAUAGUGUGGAGCAAUUUGACGAUAUUGAACAUAACGAGCAAUGAUUCGGGAUUCUACAUGUGCACUGCCAGCAACAAGAUUGGGUUCGAUAGCAAGAAUUUUAGUUUGAUUUUGCCGGAGGUGGUUGAACGAGUGAUCACCAAAACACCGGAGACGUUCUGGUACUUUGGACUGAUACUGGGGAUAUUCGGAACGAUCUUUGGAUUGCUUUCGCUGUCGGUGGUGAUCUGUUUGUGUAAGAGGAAGUUUCGCACGCGACGGAGAAAGAAGAUUAUCAAAAGUAGUGUAAGUUUCAAUGACCAAGAGAAGAAGCUGCUCGAUUUGAGUAUAACGACGAAUGAGCGGCAGGAGUUUAGUGCGAGUGAUGUGAUGACUCCCUCGACGAAGACGGACUCUACGAUAGCGAUGGAGCCGGUGCAGAUCACGAUCGAGUCGAUAGCAGCCAAGCGGGAAGAAUUCCCGCUCAAUGUCGGAGUCUUCCCUCCGCCACCGGAGUUCUGCUCCCAGAUGGUGCCGAAUCCAGCUUAUGGUAACAUCUUCAUUUCCGUGUCGGUAACGCAGGAUGCGUUGGACAAUCCUGAUCUGAACAUGUAUCCGGACCUGUUGAACAUACCGAAUCGGUCGAAAGGUAAGCUGAUCCCGGUGAACGUGUCCUCGUACGCAACGCUACCUCGCAAGAAUCGUCCAGCGUUGACGGCAGCACCCUCCACCAGUAGUCAACCGCCAUCGCUAACGGCGGUUCUACCGCCAACCGUUCCACCGCAGCACUCCAACGCGUCGACCAGUGGUGUGGUAGCACCAGUAGAAGCCCUCCAGUUGCAGGAUAGCAUCGUCAAUUACUCCAACAUCGAAGAGUCAUGCGAGAUCACCGGUCUCAGCAGUAAUCCGGCUGCCAUGUGUCAGGAAUGCAGUAAGUUGAUCAAUUCCUCCGCCAAGAUGAACAUUCGAUUCAGUAAGGCGGAUCUGGUCAACAGGUGUGAAAACAGUUUCCCAUGCAUGAAGUACGACAACAUGGGACGAAGGUAUACGGCGAGUGGCAACUCCACGCUUUCCCUACCCGAAGAGAACCACCAGGUUGUGCUGGAGCAAGAAAGCAUAUUCAUCAAACAGGAGAUCGAACCGAUCAAGGAAAUCCCGACGCCUCCAAUGGUACCGGCAACCCCUACCGGACACAGCCCGGGACCCUCUGGAAUGGGUAUGGCCGCUGUGUUCGUGACAGGAAACGACUUUGUCUCGCUGUAGUGCCCCUCCCAAAUCCACGCGAUAGUACAAACUUCCAGAUCCCCUCAGAACCCCUUCUCCUUCCCAGCGUAUGCAUGGAUCCUAAGUUGACAGUUCGAAACCGAGUAGGCCCAGACAGACACGUGUCCGAGUGGCCAUGCCUAAGUUUGCGGUUAGUUCAGUUUUAGAAUACAAGUGAGAGUAAAACAAAAACGAACCACAAAGUGUGAUACAACAAAACAGAAAUGAAUAACGUUACAAUUAAGGUUACAACCAAUAUGCAAAAACCAAGUAGAAGAAGAGCGAUGAAUCUUUUCUCCUACAGAAAGCAUUUAGCCACACUGUAGUCGACAGCAGUACUCGAUAGAAGAAACCCACAAAAGCAAGCAACCUAACAGAAACUAUAGUCUAAUUAAACAGUCAAUCAAUUAAUAAACAAAUGAAAAUCAAAACAAAUUCAAACAACACACCCUUGGUCGCCGAGUCAACGCAUGCAAGAAUCACCUUCGGAAGCAGUUUUUGAUGAGGGGAAACACAUGGAUCGACACCCAUCCAAAUUGGCUAAGGCUGCAGCCAUUCCUGCAUUCCGGUUCAUCCAACCGGGUUCAAAGCACUCGUUUGCAGUUCGAUGGAACAUGUUCCCAUCAUAGAAUUGGUGUUUGCCCAUUAGGGUUAUGCAAACAACAUAUUCAUACGGUGAUGCUGCCAAGCACUUAAUGGGACUUCGCAGAGCAAGCUGCAAAUUAUUUUCACUCAAUUUUCGCAAGAGGAAAACUUUUUAACUCUACCUUCUCGCUCUCUCCUUCUGCUUCCUCUCAUCAAAACUUGCUUCAACUUUCAGUGUGUGUGUGUGUGUUUGUGUGUUUGUGCGUUUCUUUCUACGGGAGUUGGUGGUGGGUGCUGGAAUCUGGCGCGGACAAGGACACAGCAUCCUGCUAGGCUGUUAAGCGCAAGCACAAGUUUUACCGCAAAAGUUUAUGACUACGCGUAUGCACAAAAAAAAGGUAUUGUGCAAUUUGUGUACAAGGUGUUCUCUUUCCAGGGAAAAACGGAUCAUUCUUGUGGAAAUUUAACCGUUCAGACGAACUUCAAAUUGAGUAGAAUUUUACGCAUUAUAAAAACAAUCCGGGCACUGAGUAAAGUAGCGUGAACUGAGAAAAACGUAAUUCAGAGAAAGAUUGAAAUUCUAUUCGAUUUUAAAUUACGGCCACCAUCGUGUGAAUUCAGAACUAAAUAGACUUUGUUAUCUAUAGAUAGAGCUGUAAUUAGGGCGUGACAGAUUUUGUAAACAAUGACUUCUCUCGAUGAUUUCCAGGAAUUCAAGGCACGCCUGCUCUAUUCUAUUUUUUAGAAUCUCAUCAAUAGGCGUCAACAUCAUGCUGUGACUCACUACAACAUUGGCAUUGAAUUAUCAUCUCAGCACUGGAUAAAACAUUCAAGUUAAAUGAGUGAUACAGUAUCCCCCGCUAAUCCGACUCUCGUUAAUCUGAAAUGGAGCUUUUUUUUACAACCCUAAAGGUUGGUAACAUUGAUUUGUAUGGAUCAGUUUUACAGAAAUCAGCCUUUUUCAUCGUCUUGAUUCCAUUGUUUAACGUCUCUGUUCUGCAAUCUAGUGCACAUCACCGCCGGAUCAUCCGCCAGGGAUGGGUAGAUAUCGCACCCAUCAACACGUGGGCUGGGUUCAACCGGCUUUACUUCCUACGAAGGAGGACGUGACCAGAGAUUUUUUCGCCUCAGAAAAAAUCCCAACGGCAUCGGCUGGGAUUGAACCCAGACACACUAAGGUGAGUAAGCAGUCACGUUUACCACUACAGCACUGGCGCCAUCAGAAAUCCGCCUUCACAUUCACAACCUGGUGAGAGUCUGAAUGUUUGGUAGCAGAGCACUCAUCCGGUAGUGCAGUCUACACGUCAUUCUCCCGUAUUGCUAUCCACUCUUUGUUUGCAGUUAUUGAACAUACCAGCGUUGCCAGACUGUCACUUUUCACUUCCA